GUCUGGGUACUACCUUCCUUGAGCAGUGCAGGCGGCUGUGCCGGAGGCCAGUGGAAGGGAAAGGAAUCAACUUGCCUGAAUUUUGCAGAUCUGUUGUUCUUAGCACGAUCCAAGGCCAGGAAAAGAGGACGAGGAAACUAACCGGAUCGGUACCCGAUGUAAUUGCAUUUAAAGAGGAAUAAGCAGGAUAAAAAAAAAAAGAAAGAAAAGAAAAGAAGGAAAGAAGAAUAGAAGAAAGGAAGGGAGACAGACAGAUACAAGAUGAAACCCUGUCAAAAAAUUGAAGAAAAACCAGAAAAUGAAAGCGAACCAAAGCUUGAGGAAGAGCCAAAGCCUGAGGAAAAGCCAGAGAAGGAGGAAGAACCAGAGGAGGAGGAAAAAGCAAAAGGAACUUUUAGAGAAAUGUUGAUCCAGUCCCUCCAGGAAUUUAAAGAAGAUAUACACAACAGGCAUUUAAGCAAUGAAGAUAUGUUUAGAGAAGUGGAUGAAAUAGAUGAGAUAAGAAGAGUAAGAAACAAACUCAUAGUGAUGCGUUGGAAGGUUAAUCGAAACCACCCUUACCCCUAUUUAAUGUAGUAUACCUUGAUUUUUAUUUUAUCUAAUAUUAACAUUGCCAUAUAACUUUCUUUUUAUUAGCACUUGUCUGAUAUACCUUUGUCCAUCUUUUGACUUUUAACCUGUUUCUUGUAGGGUUUUAUAUGCAUAUCUUCUUAUCUGCACCUCAUUGUUUAUCGUUUUUUGAACUGAUCUACAAGUCUCUUUCUUUUAAUAGGAGAGAUUUACUCAUUUGCAAAAAGAGGUUCCUGAUAGGAUAUAAAAUGGAAAAAGGUCACUAAGUAAUAUGUGAAUAUCAUGUUUUUGAAAGGUAAGAGUACAUUUGUAUAUUACAUAUAUGCACAUCAAAACUUGUGAAGGCUGAAAGACAAAAGCUACAGUUCCUCAGUGGUGGAACUAUAAUAUUUUUUCUUCUGCUUAUUUGUAUUUUCUAUAUUCCUAAA